CAUGCUUCAAGCUUGAAACAAACCAAACUUUUCCACCAUGGUGGCUCUUUUUUCUCACCAGCCUUCAUCAACCCUUGGGUUGCAAUUAGAAGAAGCCAUGAUCCAAGAGCUCCGUUGGAAUUGCCCAGUACUAAGUUUCCCUUCAAAAGAACAAGAAGCAUCAUACAAUUUCCAUCAAGAUCUUGACUAUGAUGACUUGAGUUUCCCAAUCAGUCCUUCAAGCCAUGACCUUUCAAACAUGACAAAGAAGCUAAGCCACAAUGCUUAUGAGCGAGAUCGAAGAAAAAAGCUAAACGAUCUCUACUCAUCCCUCAGGUCCCUACUUCCUGAGACAGAACAAAAUAAAAAACUAAGCAUCCCGUGCACGAUAUCGCGUGUUGUGAAGUACAUACCAGAGCUGCAAAGACAAGUGCAAAGGCUUUCCAAGAAGAAGGAGGAGAUGGCAUUAAACAAAUCAAGGGAAAGGAGAAAUGUUAAUGUUAUCUCACGUAGUGAAGGCGCAAUCCAUCCGAUCAUUUCUGCAACUUGUCUUAAUAACAAACAAGUCAUGAUGCAGAUAUGUGUCUUCAACAAACAAAUCAGUAGAAUUCCUCUUUCCAAAGUACUCAGGGUUUUAGAAGUUCAAGGCCUUCAGCUCAUUGAUGGCUCAACAUUCACCACCAAGAACUCGGAUCAAACCUUUUAUAGUCUCCAUCUCCAGGCAAAGGAAACAAUCAACAUGGAUUUCCACCUCUUUUGUGACCGUCUUGUUACAGCUAUCAAGGAUCAAUCUAGUUUCGCUUCAUCAAAUGCAUGUAAUGGAGGAACCUAAAUUUCAGAAGUGAUGUUUCAGAUAUAUUUUGUGUUUUAUAUUUUAUAUAUGUGAUUAGAUUAAGUAAAGUUGAGUUGUUGUUGUUGGUAUAGAUUAUAUUACUAAGAAGGUAAUCCAAACGGUGGAGUUGAGCAACUAAACCCUAGAUAGGUGGAACGUGUUUGACACGUGACUCCACAUGCAGGCCAUGCUUCCUCUUCUGCUAGCCAUGCAGUGGCCUUUACGAGUAUUCUAUGUUUAAGCCAUGUGGACUUGUGUCGUUAUUGUUAUUUUAUUUUAAUUUUUUUUUCAUUUGUAUGUAUCACAAAUGUCUUAAAGCUAAGUGCUUAAUUGUUCUGUUUGUAUUCCAUAGGAGUUUAAAUAGAAUUAA